UGUGAAAUUCUUACUGCUUAGGUGUCCUGUGACGGCCCUUGAUCAGAAAGGCUGCAAGUCUAUGUAAGAGCCGCAGUAACUGCAGAGUCUCUGAUGGAUAAUUGGAUUGGGAGUAAUAUGUGGGAGGCUGUGGACUAUUUGCUUCCAACAUAGGAACAGCAUUGGGUUGGGAUUCUGCACUCCUGAGAGAAUGCUGGGAAUCUGCAGAGGGCGACGGAAAUUCCUGGCUGCCUCUCUGACCAUCCUUUUUGUCCCAGCCAUUACGUGGAUUUAUCUGUUUGCUGGGAGUUUUGAAGAUGGGAAGCCAGUGUCACUGUCCCCGCUGGAGUCACAGCCGCACAGCCCUCGGUACACAGCGUCGAGCCAGCGGGAGCGCGAGAGCCUGGAGGUGCGCGUGCGGGAGGUGGAGGAGGAGAACCGCGUGCUGCGCAAGCAGCUCAGCCUGGCGCAGGGCCGGGCGCCCACGCACCGCCACGGAAACCACUCCAGAACGUACUCCAUGGAAGAGGGCACGGGCGACAGCGAGAGCCUCCGCGCUGGCAUCGUGGCGGGGAACAGCUCCGAGUGCGGCCAGCAGCCGGCGGUGGAAAAGUGUGAGACUAUCCACGUUGCCAUUGUCUGUGCAGGAUACAAUGCCAGUCGGGAUGUUGUCACACUCGUCAAGUCUGUCUUAUUUCACAGGCGAAACCCACUCCACUUUCACCUCAUCGCAGACGCAAUUGCCAAACAGAUCCUGGCAACUCUGUUCCAGACAUGGAUGGUCCCUGCUGUGCGCAUAGACUUCUAUGAUGCAGAUGAGCUCAAGUCUGAAGUGUCUUGGAUCCCCAACAAACACUACUCUGGGAUUUACGGGCUGAUGAAGUUGGUUCUGACUAAGACUCUACCUUCCAAUCUUGAGCGAGUCAUUGUCCUCGACACAGACAUUACAUUUGCCACUGACAUUGCUGAGCUAUGGGCCGUCUUUCACAAGUUCAAAGGGCAGCAAGUUCUUGGCUUAGUGGAGAACCAGAGUGAUUGGUAUUUGGGCAACCUUUGGAAGAACCAUCGGCCCUGGCCAGCACUUGGGAGGGGCUACAACACAGGGGUGAUCUUGCUGCUUCUCGACAAGUUGCGGAAGAUGAAGUGGGAGCAGAUGUGGAGACUCACGGCGGAGCGGGAGCUGAUGAGCAUGCUGUCCACUUCACUGGCUGACCAGGAUAUCUUCAAUGCAGUCAUCAAACAAAAUCCCUUCCUUGUCUACCAGCUCCCAUGUUUCUGGAACGUGCAGCUUUCUGAUCACACCCGUUCUGAGCAGUGCUACAGAGAUGUGUCUGACCUGAAGGUGAUUCACUGGAACUCACCGAAGAAGCUGCGAGUGAAAAACAAGCAUGUGGAGUUUUUCCGCAACCUCUACCUGACAUUCCUGGAAUAUGAUGGGAAUUUGCUGAGACGGGAACUCUUUGGCUGCCCCAGUGAAGCAGAUGUGAACAGCGAAAAUCUCCAGAAGCAGCUGUCUGAGCUGGACGAGGAUGACCUGUGCUAUGAAUUCCGUCGGGAGCGCUUCACCGUCCAUCGCACACAUCUGUAUUUUCUGCAUUACGAGUACGAGCCUGCUUCAGACAAUACUGAUGUGACACUGGUGGCACAACUGUCAAUGGACAGGCUCCAGAUGCUUGAAGCCAUCUGCAAGCACUGGGAAGGUCCCAUCAGCCUGGCACUCUACCUUUCCGAUGCAGAAGCCCAGCAAUUCCUGCGCUACGCUCAGGGCUCAGAAGUCCUGAUGAGCCGCCACAAUGUUGGCUACCACAUCGUGUACAAGGAGGGGCAGUUCUACCCUGUGAACCUGCUCAGGAACGUGGCCAUGAAGCACAUCAGCACACCAUACAUGUUUCUGUCUGACAUCGACUUCCUGCCCAUGUAUGGACUCUACGAGUACCUGAGGAAGUCUGUCAUCCAGCUAGACCUAGCUAACACCAAGAAAGCUCUGAUUGUACCUGCCUUUGAGACCCUACGCUACCGCCUCUCCUUCCCCAAGUCAAAAGCAGAGUUGUUAUCUAUGUUGGACAUGGGAACCCUCUUUACAUUCAGGUACCACGUCUGGACGAAAGGGCACGCGCCAACAAAUUUUGCCAAGUGGCGAACAGCCACCACCCCCUACCGCGUGGAGUGGGAAGCAGACUUUGAGCCAUACGUCGUCGUCAGGAAGGACUGCCCGGAGUAUGACAGGCGCUUUGUGGGGUUUGGCUGGAACAAAGUAGCUCACAUCAUGGAACUGGAUGCACAGGAGUACGAGUUCACGGUGCUGCCCAACGCCUACAUGAUCCACAUGCCGCACGCGCCCAGCUUCGACAUCACCAAGUUCCGCUCCAACAAGCAAUACCGCAUCUGCCUCAAGACGCUCAAGGAGGAGUUCCAGCAGGACAUGUCGCGCCACUACGGCUUCGCGGCCCUCAAGUAUCUCACGGCAGAGAACAACAGCUAGCACCACGGAGCCCAGCAGGGACACCGGCCAAGAGCUGCUCAGCGUUUGGGCCUGGUCCUCAAACUGAGAAAUCCUUCCUGUUUUUAUAUCAUACCUGGCAGUUCUAACAGUAGAAAUUUGAAGUCUCCGGACUACGCUCAUCCAUCCCUUCCCCGGCUAGCCCAGGCCUGUCGGCUUUAGCAUCCGUGAGGUGUCUGCGAGUGGGGCCAGCCCGGCGCCCUCCAGGCCACCAAAAGAGGGGACUGGGCAGGGGCUGGGAUUGCACUCCGCUCUCUUGGCUGCAGAGCACAGACAGACCUUCAGAAUAUAGGAUUUCAUGUUACUAUUUAAUAAUUUGACAUGCUUUUUAUCUGUAAAGGAAGAUCUUCGGAUCGCUGUCCUGUGAAUUUCAAAUCUGCACUACUCUAAAAGGGAACUUUCACCUGUGAACUUUCACAGGGGCCCUGUUAACAUGGAUGACCUUGUCAAUGCAGGAUGAGCCAAAGGUCUGAAUUAGCCUUGAAAACACAGGGGACACUUAUACAAUACUGCACUCCUGAGAAGAUGUGUUACUGGUUCAGUUGUAGACAUGAUAUUGGUUGGUCUUUUUUUCUCAAAUUAAUUGUUUUAUCUGGAAAAUCCCCUAUAUCCCACCCUGUCUAUGCCCCAGUCCUAAAUGCUGCUCCUUUCCUUGCCAAGGAAAUAUCUCCCUUGUGUUUCUUUGCCAUCUUCCGUUUUGGUGGUCCAGUAAAGAAGAUCAGUGGCUCUGCCAGAAUGUAAACAAAACUUUUCAGUUUAAGAUCUGUUUUCAUCAGAGCAACUUGUUCACAUGUGUCUGAUAAGAUAAAGGGCCCAGCUCUAACCCUUUAUCUUUCUUAGGCAAGAAUUGGAUUUUACCUAUAAGGCACAUUGUACCAGGGGAAUACUGAUUUGUAGGCUCAUUUCAGUGCUGCCCAUCUGUGAAGGCACUGGGCCUUAGGCUUUAAGUGGACUUCUUUGCUGAACUGUGAAUUUAAACUAGUAAAAAGGCAACUAGUAGCCUUGGUGCUCUCCUGCUGCCUGCUGCAAGGUCUCAGAACUACUUCGUUAAAGGAGUUUAUAAUUAAAAGGAGCAGAACUGUUAGGAAUAAACUCCCCAUUGGACGGGGAGGAAAGAAUGUGUUAGGAAUCUGAGUGAGUGUUUGCUUGAACGUGGACGGGUCCAGUUCACAACAUCGGUACACACAGGAGUUUGCUGGAGGGCAAACAGGAACCUAACAAGCAAAAUGCAGAAAACAAGACACUGGACUUUUUGCCAUUUUCUCUAUCUUCAGUAUUAAUGUUGUGUUUACAUGGGAGGAAGAGAUGAGGUGCACUACCCCUUGCAGGGCUAUUUGUAAUUUCUGUUGCAAUGUUAAUAGAGAAAGAGAAACAACUCAGUGAGAAAUGUGUCUGUCUCCCUACCCCAAGCCCCAAACAACUACAUGUACCAAUACCACUGCCUGAGCUGGGAAAUGGAUCCACAUUGCGUUCUGCUCACGUUUUAACAUUUUCUUUUUCAGCCACUGGACCUUCUACUUUCCUCCCCACUUCAUCCCUCUAGAGCUUGAUUUUAUUUCUAACCUGACAUUUUGUGAGAGAUUUCUGUUAUGGUGGAAACCACGCAGUUAAACCAGACAUUUAAACUACAAAUAUCAGUUCAUCAUUCUGUGUAUAUAUAAGAAAAGCCAAAAAAGGCAAUAUCUUUGACAAGAAAUAAAAAGGGGCAGGAGGCUGUGUGUAGUUUUCGCUUUUUCCCCUGGGAGUGUUGGCUGCAUAAGAAUAUAUCACUGCAUAAUUUUCCAAAGAGCUGUUUUUUCUGUUCUUAAUGGCUUUAUGUAAAGAUUUACAUAAAAAGCUGGAGAGAGCUGGGAAGAAGUGAAAUUAGUGCUCAGUUCUGGCUAAGAUACGUUCUUUAAGAAAAUAUUAGUCUGAACUCCCCAAGUUCUGUAUUAUCAUUAAAGGCACAGGUCACUGUGCUGAUUGAGAAGGAGAAGAACCCUGCAGCACAGAGACUGCUGAUUAGCCAGUGUGCAGAAAGAUCCCAAAAGCGGACCUAAGAGAGGCUAACACUCAUUGUACCUACAUGAAAUUUCCAGUCAGAGCUUCAGUGUGGCCACCAUUAUAUUCCAUAUGUAUUAAAAAUCUUCAUUUCCAGGUGUACAGUUCUCCUUGGCUUUACAGCUUUGCCCAAGGAUGGACUGGAUUGCCCUAGAGCAGCAUAACCUAUACAUUUGGCUGUACCAUUAUCAGCAUUUCUUCUCAUUAUUCUCUUCUCAGUGGUGAAGGAUGGGGGAGCAAGGAGGUAAUGAUUUGCUACUUGCCUGACUGCACAGUGAGUCUUGGGACCUCCUGGGUAAGCUUAGGUGUGUGUGCUGGCUGGUGUAACCAGCUCAGAGAUUGGUAGUAGGUAUACAAAGAGUCCUUUUUUUUGUCCUUAUAGACACUGUACUGACUUGUAUCAGUCCUGUCAUGUUUGUCUCUGUGCUUCAUAAUUUGAGAUGUGUGGGUCUUCAGGGUUUUUAGCACAUUUCAAACAAUUUACCUGAUGGCAAGUUAGGAUUACAUAUCUGUCUGCAACUGUCAGGGCUCCUCCAACACCAUGAAAAAUCUACCACCAAACAAAAAAAAUUCCCAACUCAGUUAUGACACUGCCUAUCUUCCAGUCCUCUGCUGUAGUAAGUAUUUGCUAGGAACUUUGUUACUUAGUUCUUAGUUUUCUCCUGAAAUCUUCCAGAAAUAGCAGAUAAACCUGGUGACUUAAUGGCUUUGAUUUAUUGAUUUGUUCCACCAACUUCUGUCUUAAGUCUUCAAUCUAUGACCUCUCCUUAUCUUUGAUAUUUGGAAAGUGUGAGUCUCAUUUAGAUACCACUCCAGCACCCUCUCAGUGAAGACUGAUGCAAAUAAAUCAUUUAGAUUCUUGGCAAUGUCCUUAUUGUCUUUAAUUGUUACUUCUACUUGUUUGGGAUGGCCUGCCCGUUAUCUCCACUUUCUGCUUUUGGUGUACUGAGCAAAUGUUCAUUUUCAGUUUUAACUUCCGACUGUUUGCUCUUCAGAUUCCUUCUUAGCUUCCUCAAACUCCAUCUGAAGUAUGACAUAGCUUCCUUUCAGCUUUCCAUUCCCUGAAGGUUUCGUGUUUGGCCUGAAUAACUUCUAAAAUUUCCCAUUUAUUCAUUUCAACAUUUCCUAGUCUUUGUAUUCCAUUCAUCCAAGGGGUACGAUACUCCGUGGCUGUCUAUCAACCCUUUCUAUUUUAAUCUGAGGAUUUCAAUUUUUCUAGUCUUUUUAUUUAGAGUCAUUGACUCUUUAAAAAGGAAAAAAAAUGUUUUUGUUUUUAAAUUUACCUUGAAUGUCACCCUACUAGGUUUUGAGGGCAUUUUCCUCUUUAACCUUCCUAAAUGCUCAUCUUUUCCUAAUUAGGGGAUCAGAAAUAAAGUAUCAGAAAUUGGGCUCUUAUCUUGACAUGUUUUGUUCUGUGUCUCCCUUUCGCCUCUCCACUACGAAACAUUGACAUUUGGGAAUCAUUGCAAACUUUUCAAGUUCCAAAGCUGGAACUUUAUAUUUUCCAGGAUCUUUUGACAUCUCACCACUUUCAGACAUAAUUACUAUUCCAAAUAAUAACCUGCUGCCUGGCACCCAGUCCUCCUAUUUUUGUUUUCAUGCUUCUCUCUGUGAUUUAACAAGCUCUGCAAGUCCAAGUUUCAGGCAAAACACUUAUUUGACACCUUAUCAUACCCUUCUGAUAUGUUUCCAUGAUUUUUCUUUGUUGUCAGAGGAGAUAUAUCUAUCUAUAGAGGUACAUGUAACAAACACACACACACACAUAUUUACAUACACCUUCAAAAGUUUGGCUGUAGUUUCCAUCCUAUCAUUUUCUAGCUAAGGAUCAUCUACCACUUGCCUAUCUGGCAGACAUAGAAAAAGUCUCCGUUUUUCCAGGACAGUUCUUAGUAUCCAUCAGGUUUUUCCCCAAGUCCUAGUUGUAGUAAUUCCUUCCAGCUUUGCUAGUUUCCUGUGUAAACAAUCUGGUCCCAUUUUAUAAUUUGCUAUUAGUUUUCUAUUUGUAAUCAUUAUUUUGGAUACCAUGGCAUAAAGGAAUUAGCAGCUCUAUCUGCAGUUCCAUCGCCUUCGUUAGACUGAAUAUGACAUAUGCUCCCAUUACUUCUAAAGCACUGGUUUUUUACCUGGUUGGCUUCAUGUGGUUUGUUGGUAAAUCAGAAGCUGCAUUUCCCUUUUACUGCAACAAGCAGAGGCACUUUGUAGUGUUAUUUGCAGGAGCUGUUGCAGCAGAGUAAGCCCUGUGUUAGAGGGAAAAGCACAAAAACCUCAUCAGAAUUGUAGCUGCUCUUUCUCUCCACAGGGGUAAAUAAGGCCCUAGCACAGCUGAGCAGUUUUAUAAAUGCCCUGCACAAAGCACAUUGCACAUUAUUUUCUGGUAGGUAUAAUCAUACAUCGUCCAAUUAAAUAUGAAAAAUACAUUUUUAAUGUUCUCAUUUUUAUGUGCAGUUCUACCCAGAAGAUAAUGCAUUUCCUUCUGUCUUGCCAGUUCCCCCGUUACUCCAGCCUGCCUAAUAGCCCCAUCUGUUUUCAGCUGAGAAAGAUUAAUGGCCAGAAGCACUGGGAGUCCUGGCAAAUCAGCAGAGAUAUUACUCUUAGGCAUUGCUCAGGACAUUCCUUCCUGCUCUGCCAGAUACUGUAUGGGUGUUCCUCAGGUUUCAGGGCAGCAGCAGCAGAACACAGCAAGCUCAGCAAGUGGGGUGAGUGUCAUUAUUUAUGAACUUCAACCAGGUCUAACACAUUCAGUGGUGGGAGUGCUAGAAAGAGAAUGUAUCAUUGUUAGCUCAAAACAUAUUUCAGUAUUAGGGAAAAAAACCAGCUAAGUUUCUGCAACUCCACUAGGUGAGACUGGAACAAAUAAGUCACUAGCAGACAAUGCCAGCCAAUAAUCAGGUAUUUCCACUGCAGUAUUGAAAAUACAGAAGCAUUGAUAGCUCAGUGAAGUCAUUUUUACAGUAGUGAUUAAUAAUGUACAUUUAGAUGGUGUGUUUACCUCCAAACGCUUAGGUAUGUUGGGGAUUAUUUGAUGAUUGUUACUUGGUUUCACAAUAUAAAAUUGCUUGGAAAAGCUGCUGGCUGUGCACAGCACAUUAUGGCUCAGGAAAUGCUUACAAACCUGAAUUUAGAAAAAUCUUGCUUUUAUAAGAAUUUGGUUUUAUGAGUAGUUAUAUAUUCCCAAAACAGAACACAAAGUCCUUGAGAACUUCAAAAAGAGCCAUGUACACGUCAGUUGGCUGGAACAUUUUCCUCCUACCCCUACAUGGGAUUUGAGGUUUGUUUACAGAGUAGAAUUAGUAAGCCAGCCAGAUAUUUAUUUACGUGGUCAGUCAUAUGAACAUAUUUGUUCAGACGUGUUAGUGGAUACUCCAGUGGAAGUGUUAGCUCAUUGAGGGUUCAGGAUGGAAACAAUCCGAAGCCCAGGCUGAGUUUAGUAUCUGUUCAGUCAUUCUGUGUAGUUUCUCCUCAUAUGAUAAGAGCAGCUUCCUUGCUCCCAGCACAUUAUUAUUUCUGCAGGGUUAAAAUGUCUUAAACCUCUGCAAUAUGAAUUUGUGGAAGUCACUGCACAGAUAACAAAGAAUACAUUUGAGAACUCCAUGGACCAUUGCCACAAGACACAAGAUUUCGUUCCAAAAGAAAUGGUUCUGACCUGAGGGUAAUUCUCUGACCAGGGAUUUAGACACCCUACCCCUACCAGAUAUGUUCAAGAAGAGGUCCCCAAACACAUUAGGCUAGGUAAUUCAAGCCAAACUUAGCCUAUUUCUGAGUAUUAUGGCAACAUAAUUGUGAGGCAACAGAAGUGUGAAUUUUCAGCGUUAACCAUUAUAUCAUGACGCAUGGAAGUUAGAGAACAUAAUAUGAUAGCAGUCUUAAUUUUGAGCAAAGACAAACCUUUUUUUCUCCCAAAGGAUAGGUAUAAGCUGUGAUUUAGGAAAAUCAAUUAUCCCCCAUGCUCUCAGGCUUUCAGAGCAGAACACCUGCAGUUCUGUUCUACAGGCUUUUCUCGUGUGGAGGGGAUCCUGUGGAGCUGAUGGAAAUCACACAUUCAGAGGCCUUGUGGCACUCACCCCCAGCCACAAAUGUUAACAGCUGAACUUGCAAGAGUGAUGAAUCCCAGCUCUGUCCAAGCAUGUCUGCAUCACUGGGACCACUCUAAAGGCUAUCAACAGUCUGUGAGGUAAGCAAAGAAAAAUGAAGCAAAUAAUUGCAGGUGGGGGGAUGAUGGGUUUGUUAUAAAUAGCCAGAUUUCCAGAGGAAUGAGGAAGACAUAAGCAUUUUGAAGUCCCUCAGAAGAUCUGUUCAUAGGAUGUGUGGGCUGGACUAAUCCCAUUCUGCAUUUGUGGCAUUUCUUAACAAACACUGGCCGAUGUGGCCCACUGCAGUAAAUUCUAUGGAUUGUAAAAUUCUUGAAAACAUCAAGAUUAAGCCAUUCUCAGCUCAAAGAUACUUAAUUUGUUUCAAUUCUUUGGAUUCCCACACUGAUCCUUUGGUGCUCUUAAGGAAAAGGAAAAAAAGGAAAAAGGUAAUAGCAGCUGGAUAACAGUAGGAGUCUUGACUAUCCAGCCUUUCUUAAAUUGUCAGCACAGAGGUCAAUGGUUGGGGCAAAGCUGGAGUUAGUGAGGUUCAUAGAAUUUCUUCUUUUGAUCUGCCUGUGGAACUCUUGUUGCAGCAGUGCUCUCCAGUGAUGUUAUAAGGGAAGGAAGAACUGUCUAAUGCAGAUUGAUCAGUGAACUCUUCAUCCAGUCAGACCUAACCACUAGCAGCAGGAAAGAAGGGGCACCACAGCUUGUGACUGUUUUUAGAUGACAGUAGUGGGUUCAGUAUGAAAUCUGUUAUUCUGAUGAUAGACUUUGCUGCAUUUUAGAUGUACACUUGCUGUGAGUGACAGAGGCCCCUUGGGGUGAGGAAAAAAUAGGACUCCACAGUUUGCUGGUCCAGAGAACAGAGAAUGUGUGUAUCUCCAAUGAGAACAAGAGAUGUCUGUAUUUUCCCUUGACACCUUCCUCAGUGUUUACUAAUUACAUAUAUUAGCACCAAUUAAUCCAGCUGACCUCAGACUCAGUGUUCAGGCCAGUCAGUAAGCUUCUGCUGUGUUGAUAAAAGAAUAGACAGAUAAGCAAAAUUAUGCUUUCUGUCCAUCAAUUAAUAUUUCCAUACGGACUGAAAUGGCUCACAGAGAGUUUACUUCUUGUAUUUUUCACUGUUAAGGCUUAUUCAAAGAACAGCAAAGGCAAUUAAAAGAAAAAACAAACAAACAAAAAAAAAAUUGAGUAAGGACCCACAGGGAUUAACAUUCAAAGAGAGUCAUCAAUAUAAAAUAUCCACCAAGUUAACCUACCAGAUUCUGUCAUAAAUGCAGAGAAUACAGGCACUAUCAUCAUCUUUCUGUUUACACUUCAUAGAGCAAAACAAAGGAAUGUACUAAAAACAACUCUCUGAAUCAGAUCACCCAAGACACAAAUCUUUUCUAAAUUCUAUUGCUUUCAUUUCCAUUUUCACAAGUGACAUUAAAAGUUUGCAAAGUAUUUUUUUAUUCGUGUUGUUCAAUAUAGAUAUUUAUAUUCACAGUUGAAUAUGAGUCAGCAGUGCCCUGGCAGCCAGGAGAGUCACCUCUGUCCUGGGGGGCAUCAGGCACAGCGUGGCCAGCUGGGCAAGAGAGGGACUGUCCUGCUCUGGGGCAGCCUCACCUCGAGUGCGGGUGGGAAGUUCUGGGUGCCACAGUAUAAUAAGGAUCUAAAGGUCUUAGAGAUCAUCCAGAAUUAAGCUGAAGGGUUUAGAGGGGAAGCCAUAGGAGGUAUAUCUAAGAUAAUUUGGCUUUUUCGGCCUGGAGAAGAAGGAACUUGAGGGGAGACCUCACUGUAGUCUGCAACUUCCUCACAAGGGGAAGAGGAAGGGCAGGCACUGAUCUCUCUGUCACCAGUGACAGAACCUGGGAAAAUGGCCUGAAGUUGUGUCAGGGAAGGUUUUGGUUGGAUAUCAGAAAAAGGUUCUUCACCCAAAGGGUGUUUGGGCACUGGAACAGCUCCUCAGGGAACUGGUCACAGCACCAAGCCUGACAGAGUUCGAGAAGCACUUCAAUAAGGCUCUUGGGCACAUGGUGUGACUCUUUGAGAUGGUUCUGUGCAGGGCCAGAAGUUGGACUCGGUGAUCCUUGUGGGUCCUUUCCAACCUGGGACAUUGUGAUUCUAUUCUAUUUAUUUUAAUAUGUUGCGGCUUUCUUCUGCAUCUGUCAGACUUGAAAACAUUACAGUGUUGUGGAAAAGAACAGAACUGAGGGGUUGUUGACUUGUGCUCCAUGUUAGUGCAGGGAAAGUCUUUCCUGUGGCCUGGGGGAUUUUUUUAUUAGUUUGUGCUAUCACAGGUUUUAUUUCUACCUUAGUGGUGUCUCUUCCAGUAAGUAAGAAAGUCUACUGGCUAAUACCAGACCACUGCAUGAGUUCAUGACUGGAGCAGUGUUUCUCACACGGCACCUGAGCCUCCACACAAAUUUAUUUUGCAGGGGUUUUCUUCAAUUUUAAUCUUCAAGCUACACUUGAUAAAAAAUUCAUCAUUUUGAAGCUGUAAAAACAGGUUCACUAUGUUUUGGUUUAUUUUUAACAUACUCAUUUUAUUCAAACUCUUCUGUCUACUACAUCCAUAGAUCUUUCAGGAAAAUACUGUUUUGAGAGGAAGAGAGUAAUUGUAAAUAGUCCUGUGGGGUUGGAAUCAGAAGCACUAUGAGCAUUAGUAAACUACUCAAGCCAGGAAUUUUAGCACAGGUUUCUAAUAUUUACAAAUGUCCUCCUAUUUCUGUAGGGUUCAAUUUCAGGAUCCUUCUUCAGCCAGCUCAUUCUUGUGUUUUCCACCUUUUCUCCAUAUUUCCAUCUGCUGCAGCUCUAAAUCCAUGUUUAUAUCCACCUUAGGUUGGUGUUGACAGGCAUUUUAAAGACAAUAGGAACAACUUCCACAGUGCUGAGAUCAGGUUACAUAAAGAAAACACACCUCUCCAUUGCUGGUUCCCUUAAACUAUCAAGAACAUGUUAAA